AGUCUUGUGGAGAAUUCACAUCAGUCUCGGGGUGAUUCAUUUGAGAGCAGAGGGAAAGAUUCCUUUCUAAACAGAUCAUUUAGGGGUCUCAAGAUGCAAAGCUGUGCAAAGUCUUGGGGAAUCAUCUUCGCCAAGUCGGUUAAUCCCCAUGCACAUUGCAGACAUUUAAGUGGUAAAAGCCACGCAUUUGGAAAACUUCUGCUGUGUAGAAGCCAAAAUCAUGCUGCCUCCGCAACAGUUCGGGGUCUACGGACAUCUGCAGCGUUCACUUCUUCCCGACAGAUUGAAAGACUUCUGCCAAGACAUGAUGAUUUUGCGGAGAGACAUAUUGGUCCAGGUGACAAAGAGAAAAGAGAGAUGCUGGAUACCCUCGGACUUGAGUCCAUCGCUCAGUUGAUAGAAAAUACAGUUCCGGCGUCCAUCCGUAUUCAGAAAAGUAUGAAAAUGGAUGAUCCACUUUGUGAAAAUGAAGUUCUGGAGUCGCUUCAGAAGAUUGCGUCUAAGAACGCAGUGUGGAGGUCCUACAUUGGGAUGGGCUACUACAACUGCUCUGUACCGCCCCCUAUACAAAGAAACCUGCUGGAGAACUCAGGAUGGGUGACCCAGUACACUCCCUAUCAGCCUGAGGUCGCUCAGGGUCGCCUGGAGUCUCUGCUCAACUACCAGACCAUGAUCUGCGACAUAACCGGAAUGGCAGUGGCCAACGCCUCCCUCUUGGAUGAGGGCACAGCUGCAGCAGAGGCCAUGCAGCUCUGUCACAGACAGAACAAGAGAAGGACGUUUUACAUCGACCCUCGUUGCCACCCUCAGACCAUUGCAGUGGUGCAGACCAGAGCCAAUUACAUCGGGGUGAAGACUGAACUGAAGCUGCCUCACGAGAUGGACUUCAGUGGGAAGGAUGUGAGCGGAGUGUUGUUCCAGUACCCAGACACCGACGGGAGGGUGGAGGACUUCACCACUUUAGUGGACCGUGCUCACAAGGGAGGGGCCCUAGCCUGCUGCGCCACGGACCUGCUGGCCCUCUGCGUACUGCGUCCGCCGGGGGAGUUCGGCGUGGACAUCACCCUGGGCAGCUCCCAGAGGUUCGGCGUCCCGCUCUGCUAUGGUGGCCCCCACGCUGCCUUCUUCUCCGUCAGGGACAGCCUGGUCAGGAUGAUGCCCGGCAGAAUGGUCGGAGUCACCAGGGAUGCAGCUGGUAAGGAGGUGUAUCGCCUGGCCCUGCAGACCAGGGAGCAGCACAUCCGCAGAGACAAGGCGACCAGCAACAUCUGUACUGCACAGGCACUGCUGGCCAAUAUGGCCGCCAUGUACGGGGUGUACCAUGGGCCCAAGGGUCUGAAGCACAUCGCAGAGAGGACUCACAAUGCUGCCCUCAUACUGGCCGAAGGUCUGAGGCGGGCGGGACACAGACUGCACAGCGACAUGUUCUUCGACACGCUGAAAAUCAACUGCAGCGUGGCGGCCAAGGACAUCCUGGAGAGGGCGGUCCAGCGGGAGAUCAACCUGCGGGUGUUCAGCGAGGGAGUGCUGGGUGUGUCUCUGGAUGAGACGGUGACUGAAAGGGAUCUGGACGACCUGCUCUGGGUCUUUGGAUGCGAAUCUUCAGCUGAGCUGAUUGCUGAGAAGAUGGGAGAGAGGGUUAAGGGCAUCAUGGGAAGUCCUUUCAAGAGGACCAGCAAGUACCUUUCGCACACCGUGUUCAACAGCUAUCACUCUGAGACCAACAUUGUGCGCUAUAUGAAGCGUCUGGAGAACAAGGACAUCUCCCUGGUUCACAGCAUGAUCCCACUGGGCUCAUGUACCAUGAAGCUAAACAGUUCUUCAGAGCUGAUGCCCAUCACCUGGAAGGAGUUUGCCAACGUGCACCCGUUUGUGCCUCUGGAUCAGGCCGAGGGGUAUCAACAGCUCUUCAGACAGCUGGAGAGGGACCUGUGUGAGAUCACAGGCUACGACAACAUCUCCUUUCAACCCAACAGUGGUGCUCAGGGGGAGUAUGCCGGACUGGCAGCCAUAAAAGCCUAUCUGAACUCAAAAGGAGAAACCCACCGAACAGUUUGUCUGAUCCCCAAGUCUGCCCAUGGCACCAACCCAGCCAGCGCCCAGAUGGCGGGCAUGAAGGUCCAGGUUGUAGAGGUGGACAAGGACGGCAACAUUGACAUAGCACACCUAAAGGCUUUGGUGGACAAACACAAGGCCAACCUAGCGGCCAUGAUGGUGACGUACCCCUCCACCUUUGGCGUGUUUGAGGAGAGCAUCAGUGACGUCUGUGACCUCAUCCACCAGAACGGUGGACAGGUCUACCUGGACGGUGCCAACAUGAACGCCCAGGUGGGUCUGUGUCGUCCUGGAGACUACGGUUCCGAUGUGUCUCACCUGAACCUCCACAAGACCUUCUGCAUUCCUCAUGGUGGUGGAGGACCAGGGAUGGGACCUAUCGGGGUGAAGGAGCAUUUGGCCCCAUUCCUUCCCAGCCACCCUGUGGUCAACAUGCAGUCUGGGAACACCAGCAGAUCCCUGGGCACAAUCAGUGCUGCCCCCUGGGGCUCCAGUGCCAUACUGCCCAUCUCCUGGGCAUACAUCAAGAUGAUGGGAUCCAAGGGCCUGGUCCAUGCCACAGAAGUGGCCAUCCUCAACGCCAACUACAUGGCGAAGAGGCUGGAGAACCACUACAAGAUCCUGUUCAAGGGCAGGAAAGGGUUUGUGGCUCAUGAGUUCAUUUUGGACGUGAGACCGUUUAAGAAGACCGCCAACAUAGAAGCAGUGGAUGUGGCCAAAAGGCUGCAGGAUUAUGGCUUCCAUGCCCCCACCAUGUCGUGGCCGGUGACUGGUACCCUGAUGAUUGAGCCCACAGAGUCUGAGGACAAGGCUGAGAUGGACCGCUUCUGCGACGCUCUCAAGGGCAUCAGACAGGAAAUAGCCGAAAUCGAAGAAGGGAGGAUGGACUCGCGUAUUAACCCCCUCAAGAUGGCCCCUCACUCCCUGGCCUGCAUCUCCUCCUCCACCUGGGACAGACCGUACUCCAGGGAAUUUGCCGCCUUCCCCUUGCCCUUUGUGAGGCCUGAGACCAAGUUUUGGCCCAGCAUCUCCAGGAUUGAUGACAUCUACGGCGACCAGCACCUGGUGUGCACCUGCCCCCCCAUGGACGUGUAUGAGUCUCCCUAUGAGGAGAAUAGGGCGUCUUCCUGACCUUGAGCCCCCCCGCCCCCCCCCCCCCCCCCGCCAGUUCAAACACCCACAUCCUCACAUGCUUCCAAAAGCGCAGAAACCCCAUGACUGUAUCGUACAUGAAGAUAAAAGAACAACUUUUUAUUUCCUUCCACUGUGUUUCCCAUGUUCUUGGUGCCUCCAUUUUCUGUGUUGUACAAAUAGUUGCUUUGACUCUCCCUCAGCUCUGCUUAUGCUCCAAGACAUCUGAUUUAAUAGCUGCCACUCGUGGAUUAGAUGUUUGUUUUUUUAUAUAUUAAUUUUGUGUAUUUCUUUUUUACACUUGCCUGUGUAAUAGCUCUAGCCUUUAAUGUUAAGACAUUUUAUGAAGAAUGUUGUUUUCUAAUCUUAGUGAUUUGUUUUCAUUUUCUUGUAGAAAAAUACAUGUAUUAAA